CUUUCCGUACACCGAAUCUAUUGCGUUGAGCGAUUGCCAAAUGGAUGGCCGAACCGAUAGCAGUGACCUCCAAGAACUUGAACGAGAACUUGAGUCUGGGCGCCAAAGGAUCAAACUCUACGAACUUGAAAAUCAAAAACUACAAGCAUCAAUCCAAGGAUUGAAAUCCAAAGUGAACAACCAAUCGUCGUUUAUUCGUGCCCUACUGGUCCCUGCCUUAAGUCAAGCUAUACCACCACUUCAAGCAGGUCGAGACACUCAUCGAUGGCGAGAUCGAAUCGGGUUUGGACGCCUUGACUUGCGCCUGGAGCGAGAACUUUUACCGCGGUUGCGUCGUGGACUGGUCAAAAUGACACAUGCACUACAAUCGACUCGACUUGAAGAGCUACAUUUCUCGGAAGACCCAGUCACGGAGAUCGCUUGGCUAGAGGGGAUAGUUAAGGAUGCACACCAGCUGAAGUCCAGUGUCCUACAACCGUGGCACCAUAGCCAUACCCAUUUCGAAUUCAUCGAAGCCACGAAAACCAUGGGGCUCCCAAAUUUUUCGCAGAUUGAUCAAAACGCAAAUGCCACUUAUAUCCUAGAGCCAUAUUACUAUCGUGAACUGCCUUGGGGGGUUGAUUACAUACGAGACGGUAUAAUCAAGCUGUUCAAAAUUCACAUCAAAGCAUUGCAAGCUGAAGACCUCAACUUGAAGCCUGAUAAAUCGGGGGAAACAGCUCUAGGCGAAGUAUUAAGAUUAAUCGAUCAGAUGAUUUGGGAUUUCGAGCAUCCGCGCAAAGUUCUUCAAUUGAAGUGGCAACGAACCGUGAGGGAGAUCGAAAUCAUGGAACUUGCCGUAAUCCAAUCCUUGAAGCCCUUACUGCUACAGAAUGAUACCGGCAUAGAAGGAAUCAGUAACUAUAAACAUCUCAAGUUGGAUCGAUGGACGCCAAGGGAACUAAUGAGUCAAUCUGAAGUUGAACUCCUCGAAAACUAUUUGCCGCUCUUGAAGCUUUGUCGAAUGAUGUUGAAUAAACUAUGUAGCCCCGCCAGUAACGAACCUCAGUUAAUACUCAGAAUCCGAACAGAAGGAUUGAGGGAGAUGUACUACGAAACGGAGGCAAUAGAAGACGAUAUUAGAAAGUUUACUUAUACUGUCUUGCGACUCCGCAGUAAAAAAGCGGUCGUUCGCGUCCGCGAUUACCUCGCGGGCUUCAGAUUCCUCCUCACCUGCACUCAAACCCACUUACAGAGUUUCCUCGAGCAGAGUGAUGCAGGCGAUCCAGCCCUUAUUCAAAACUCUCUGGAAUGGUGUGAGAUGUGGACAGACCAAUUUACAACUGCUAUUCACAAUUUUUCGCGGGGACCAUCAUUUCUUUUCGACAGUGAUGAAAGCUUGAGCCCGGAUUCUGAUUCUUUCUUCGAUUAUGAUGAUGAUAGCAGUGAUGAAGAGGAGGAGGAGGAUGACGAUGACGAUGGCGAGGACGAGGACGAAGGCGAUGACAAUGACAAUGGCGAUGGCGAUGCGUGGCGAUUGCACUUGGGAUGAUAAUAACUGAAAUUAUUCCGGAAAUAUGCAUCAAAUAUUACAUCAACAUCGCUUUCUGACAAGACUCAUGCUCAAAUAGUUGUUUCUUUUAUAUUUUUUCAAUUACUUGUAUAGAGUGCAUGAUUCAAACAUGCCGGUGACUGAGUAUCCGUUUUCCUCAGCUCUCUGUUUUUCCAUUCCUACUCAUUAUCAGCAUCUCUCUGUAGCCA